CUCAGUUUUGACUCGGAAAUCAGAGAACAGAGAUCUGCUGACGUUUUUUUUUUCCCUCCAAGGAGCAAAAACCAGGACAGAGCUUGAAUGGCUGGGAAUUCUACUUCCAAUGAUUCGGCACUUUCAGGACCCGGGAAUAAUGAGAAGCAGAAUUGGGAUGCGUCCCAUUCCACUAUUUUCAAUCACUUUGCUACAAGUGGACUUUCUGUGGCAGUUGCAACUGCAAUUACUCACCCUCUAGAUGUAUUGAAAGUAAGGCUACAAAUGCAACUUGUUGGCCAGAAAGGUCGUUUGAGUGGAAUGGGACAAUUAUUUUUAAGUGUGGUGAAAAAUGAAGGACCAAAGUCUUUAUAUCUGGGCUUAACCCCUGCAUUAACAAGGUCAGUUGUUUAUGGAGGACUACGGUUGGGCUUGUAUGAACCCUCUAAGCAUGCCUGUGAUAUUGCUUUUGGCUCCUCCAAUGUUUUAGUUAAAAUUGCUUCUGGAAUGUUUGCUGGUGCUAUUUCGACUGCACUGACCAAUCCAAUUGAAGUUCUCAAGGUGCGUUUGCAAAUGAAUCCAGACAUGAGAAAGAGUGGACCAAUCUCUGAGCUUCAGAGGACUGUAUCUGAAGAGGGAAUCAAAGCUCUGUGGAAGGGGGUGGGCCCUGCUAUGGCUAGAGCGGCUGCCUUAACUGCAUCCCAGUUAGCUACAUAUGAUGAAACCAAGCAGAUUUUAAUCCAGUGGACAUCUCUCAAAGAAGGGUUUCAUCUACAUCUGAUCUCAAGCACAGUUGCAGGCAUAGUGAGCACCCUCAUAACUGCACCUGUGGAUAUGGUCAAAACCCGUCUCAUGUUGCAACGAGAAUCCAAGGGUGCUAAAAUCUAUAAAAGCGGAUUUCAUUGUGCACACCAGGUCCUGCUUACAGAGGGUCCAAGGGCACUUUACAAAGGGGGCUUUGCAAUGUUUGCAAGAUUAGGACCACAAACCACAAUUACAUUUAUAUUAUGUGAGGAGCUAAGGAAACUUGCUGGAUUGAAGGCAAUCUAGUAACAGGAGUCUCCAUUAGCCUACACCCUACAGACUAAUACUAUAAUGAUAUUUGAGGUGCUGAAGAACUACUACUUUUGCAAACAAGUCCCAUUUGGGGGAAUUCUUUUAGAUAGUUAUUUUUCGUAAUUUUCAUUGGUGAUUUGAGGCGCAUUCCCAUUGAACCAGAUCACAUUUUUUGACUCUCUAGUAGGUGGUUGUCAUGUGUUUUUAUCUCCGUGUUUCCCUUUUCCUGGAGUGUGGUCCUGACCAAUUAGAGGUACAUGAUUGUUGUCCUUCCAACCCCUGUCUUACUACCCUCAUUGUAUUAACAAAAGGACAUUGAUUGUUUUUGUAUUAUUAUUAUCAUCAUCAUUGAAUAAAUAGAAAAAUAAUAGUGACCCCCCAAAAUGGAAGGGAC